AUGGCAACUCUAAGUAGUCGGCUGUUCCCUAGCUUUAGAAACAGCUUUAUUAAACAGAAAUUAAAUUCUCCCGUUGCAAUAUUGUCAAGAAACCCUUUACGAUUUUUCACGUGUAGUGCACGGCGGUGGCAGUUCCCCAGUGAAGACCGGAGCAGCAGUAGGACAUUGACUGGUACUGUGGACCGGUUCGGUGGCGUUACAGUUCGAGAUUUUCCGCUAGACAUCAGCGACGAAGGAUUUAGUAAUCUUUUAGGAGAUUCUCUAUCCCAGUGGAAGGCAGAGGGCAGGAUAGCUGUGUGGCUGCACAUACCCAUCGCUCUGAGUCGACUGGCUGCAUCAGCAGCAUGUCACGGUUUCACGUUCCAUCACGCACGGAAGGACCAGGCAGUGCUCAGUCUGUGGAUGGGGGAUGGGGAGAGCAGACUGCCAGGCUAUGCAACACAUCAGGUUGGAGUGGCAGGUGCUGUUCUGGAUGAGUCGAAUGGAAAGGUUCUGGUUGUUCAGGAUAAAAACAAGACUAAGAAUGCGUGGAAGUUUCCUGGUGGACUUUCAGAUCCAGGAGAAAACAUUGGUGUGACAGCAGUCCGUGAAGUGUUUGAGGAGACAGGGGUUCGGGCUGAAUUCCGCUCACUUCUGAGUAUCCGGCAGCAGCACAACCACCCAGGAGCCUUCGGAAUGUCUGACAUGUACCUGAUCUGCCGACUCAUACCACUGACAUACGACAUCAACUUCUGCACACAGGAAUGUCUCCGCUGUGAUUGGAUGGAAGUAGCUGAACUUGCCAAAACCAGUGACACCACACCCAUUACAAGCCGGAUCGCUCGUUUGCUCCUGCAUGGAUUGGAACAUGGAUUCCACACUGUCGACCUCACUAUGGAGGAGCUUCCUGCCGUUUAUUCUGGAAUGUUCUAUCAGUUGUACCACCGUCAGCUACCUCAGUGACUCUGAUUGUCUGCAUUAGACUCUGAGGAGGAUGUGAUGUGAGAACGGACUGGACUGAGCUGUGACUAUCAUAUAGUUCCACCUUGCAGGCAAAAUACCAAACUUAGAGGACAAAGGUUUGAUCUAAGAGGUUAAAGCUUAAAGCUGGAAUCAAGUUUAAGGCUAAUUUGAGAAUGCUGUGGCCAGCUACUUAUCCAAGGUGUUGGUUAUAACAAAAAUGAAGGCUUGUAUGAGCAAUUUUGGAGUCAGAUUAGAGAUAAAAGGUCAGGUCUAAUUUAAGGGUAAAUACUCUCUCAGAUUUAUUAGGUCAUGGGUACAGUUCUUGUCAAGAAUUAAAGACUCUUAUUAGCCAUAGAAAUCUAUUCUGUCUUUCCUGAAAGUAAAGUUACUGGGUUAGAGAUCAUAUCCAAGGCUUAACUAUUUGCACUGUUUUCAUGUUCAAUGCCUUUUCCUGAAUGGAUGAUUCUGCAUGUAAGGAUCACUGGCCUGAUAGUCAGAGCUCAGGGACACUUCAAUAGAACCAUGGUCAGUAUCUAUGGAAACCAUACUUGAAGCAUAACAUUUAGUUCAGAUCUCUGGACCGGACAUUGUACACAUUUCACCAGUGGCAUUUUGUGGGCAUCAAUCAAAGACUCACACCCUAAUGUUUAUUAGGGCAGAGCUGUCUAGGGGCUUGAGAGACAAAAGAUUAUCAUUAAGUUUUGCUAUUUAUGGUACUAAGAUAAAUUCACAAUGAAGUCCUAAGAAUGUCGGACAAAGAAAAGUUUUAAAGUUGUGUCAACUUAAAAUGUCUCCUAGUGAAUACUGUAUUUAUACAAUAGUAGAAAUCCCAAUGUUGUUAUAUCUGUUA